AUGGGUCUCCCAUUGUUUAUCGCCCCUGUCGAGUCAGAUCUCCCACCCAAAGCUUCAGACAAGAGCAGAGCUACGUCACCAAACCGUUCUGGAAUUCGUCGCCAUGGACGUGCUGCCGAAUAUCGUGAGCGCCGCGCUGCAUUGCGCCGUCACAUCUCCAUUCGCGAUAGCGAGCGCAGAGAACGAGACUUCAUGGCGAGAUGGCGACCUAGCCCCUUGAGGGAGAGCCAUUUGGUGUCGAGGAUUGGUCCUGAUGUCGAUGCCAUGACGGUUCCCAAUGUCCCAGACUCGGUGCGAUUUCGCGAUGGCCCGAGGCCUGAAGAUCGCCGAAGAAACACCCUGGAGGAACAACUCACCUCUCUGUUCAGGGAUAACUGGCCUGCACCCGGAACGACCAAUGAGCAGCCAGACGAGCAGGUCGAUCUUGGAUGGUGGACAUUUGAAACUCUGCCGCGAUACAAUCGGUCUCGAAUUGUUGGUCCGGUUAGCUUUCAGCAGGAUGAAGAUGGACCUCUACGAGGGCCUCCCCCUCCCGUUGAACAGCCACCUACCACUACUCGCUCAUCAAGCGCCGAACAAGAGAGAAGACGCCGACGAGCCGAGUUCCGAAACCGCGCAAUGGCUAGGCUUGAAAUGACUGAGCGUCGACGCAACGCAACCUCGCAACCAAACCGAGGUGUUGAUGGACUUGGUGAUCGCGACAGAAGCCUCAGCCCUGAAGUGUGGGACACGCUUUUGACUACCCUCACGCCCGACCCUCAACCGCCCAGCGCGGGCUCAUCUUUUGCAUCGACUGUUGCAUCACAGAGUGCUGGCGCAUCGUCAAGCACACCUCUAACUGCUCCGGACCCGCCCCACGACACGUCGGCUGACCAGGCUUGUGAAUCGGGCUGCGAAAACUCAGACACAGAAUCGCCUGAUUACGAGCAUCCCGACUUUGCGCUAAUCCGUCGUCGCCGGGAUGCGUUGCGACGUGUUCGGGUCCGAGUGCCCGAUUACAACUUGGAUGGACCGGUCGACGGGCCUAUCAGCCGGGGUAGUGGGGCAGUCAACUCCGAAUCCUCGGCCACUCGGCGGCGACGAUCACCGGACGGCCCUUUGCCCAGUGGGGAGGAUGCCACGGGAAACACGGCUGAACUGGAUGGUCCAUUGCCUCUCGCUCAUCAACGCCCUCGCCAUGGUUGGGUAGGACAAUUAUCUGUGGGAAACUCGGAUGACGAGCAAGUUUUGGAGCGAUGGGGGGUCACUCGCGAGGGCUCAACAACAUCGGGAAACAACACAAUUGUUGGUGAUGACGACUGGAUGGGAAUGCAGCGCAUUGUUCGAAGUCUGGCACGUCGUGAAGAUAUACCGGACGAGUGGUGGGCCGAGGCAGGCCUCAGUCGAAACUUGCCAGGAGAUGGGCCUGAAUGA